UAUAAGCCCAGCUACCUCUAUAUAUUCGUCGUCUCGAGUGCCCGCGCGCAGUAUCGCUCGCGCUUGCGCUCAUUCUCUGACCGUGAAACUUAACAAAAUGAAAUACCUCAUUAUAGUCGCUUGUAUCUUCGGGAUGGCGUAUGCUAGACCCGGUCUAUUCUUCGCCCAGCCUCUUCAGCCUAUUGGAGUGGAGUACGUGUCAGGUCCGGCUGCUGUCCACCCCCAUCCUGCUGUGGAACUGAAUGCUGCCAGCGAAGCCCAGCUUCCCCGAGGACUGUUGAAGUCCAGGGACUUUUAUGACAACCCUCACAUCGCUGCAGGUUUGGCCAAGGAGUCUUGGUUCACUAAUAAGGAGAUGCAGGUUGUUGAGAGAGAAGCUGAGAAGAUCCCUCGUGAGAGUAUCUAUCAUAUUGUGAAGAACGCCGGCUUUUUGGAUAGACAUUAAGAGAAAAUUAAGCAUAGAUAUUCAAAUCAGUAGAUGUAUUUUUAUCACCAGAAGUACUUUUAAAUAAUACUUAAUUUUGAUAAUUUAAGUGUUCAGGUAUGCGAAGUAAUAAAUAGCACUAAGAUUGUGUAACUAUGAAUGAAUGGGUUUUUAUAAAUAGGUUUUUUUAUACACAGCAGUUUUAAUGUCAUAGUACAACGUAAUGUAAAUUUUAUUUUAUUUAAGCUGUCGUCACCUUGUAAUUUAAGGUAGAAAGUUUUAGUUUUGCAUAUCAACGUUUAGUACUAAGAUAUUCUAAGUCAUAAAAUACUAGAAUACUUCAAGUAUGUUCAGCAUGUUUAUUUAUAAACAACUUGAUUAUAUUCCUAUGAUUAAUUUAUGUAAAUAAUAUUAUGAUUGCAUAAGGUAAACCGGUAUAACCUAUCGGCUUUAAUAGUAAUAAGAUAGAGUUAGAAUGUCAAUGAUAAAUCUGUGAUCUCGAACAAUAAGUACUCUUAGUAAGUUAUUGUUCAAUAUUUUUGUAAAUAUUAGAAAUGUUAAUAUUAAAAAAAAAAGUUUUUGAUAAAGAA